GUAUGACUUCAAAUGGUUAUACAGACCAUCAAAAAGUGACUAUUGUAAUACUGGGUGCUCCGGGUGUAGGAAAGUCAUCAAUAGUAAAACAAUUUGUACACCAUACAUUUACAGAGGAUUAUGAACCUUCAGAUGAUAAAUCUUUUUAUUUCCCGUCAGUUGUCAUCAACGAGCACGUGUACGACUUAAAAAUAGUGGACUGUCCAUAUAUCCCGUACUUUCCGUCUAAUUCCUUACAAGAAUGGUCGGAUUUUCGGGGUUUCAAUCUUCGCAUUGCAACAGCAUACGUCUUGGUCUAUGAUAUAACGUCAGAGGAAAGCUUCAGUUAUAUGAAAGCUUUAAGAGAACAGAUUCUGGAUAGUCGAGACAUGCACGAUGUUCCGUUAAUCAUUGUCGGAAACAAAUAUGACUUAGCAGACGACCGUGGAGUCUCGAGGCGGGAUGUCAUUAAUAUGGUGAAAAAACAUCGAAAAUGUAUACAUGUUGAAUGUUCGGCUAAGUAUAACUGGCAUAUAAUAUUUCUGUUCAAAGAAUUAAUGAAAGCAAUAGAUCAUAUUGAUUAUGGUCACAAACCGACAGCAGUGCGUGUUCAGGAUGCUUUGCGAAGAAACAGGUGCUCAAUAAUGUGAGGGUGUCGUGUUCGCCAAAUGGAUUGCGUGUUCUGUGCUAUAAAUAGUAAACAUUUCCGUCAUGGGCAUACAACUGCUUCUUGUAAUCAAAGAUACGGUAGACACAGGUAAAAGACGUUUAUUGUUGUUCAA